AUGGACUUGGUCGCCAAUCAAGACCAGCCAGCAUUUUCCACGAGCCUCCCAGAUUCCCUCGACGAUGUCCCAGCCAACGAAACCUUCUGGACAGGAACCCGAGACGAGUCCCUGGCCCAGAUCGAGCUCGGAGUUCUCACGGCCAUCUUCACCUUCACCGUCAUUGGAAACACGACCGUGCUCGCCGCCCUCGCCGCCCGGCGCUCGAAAAUGAGCAGGAUGUAUUAUUUCCUCCUCCACUUGUGCGUCUCAGACCUAAUCACAGCGUUCUUCACCGUCCUUCCACAACUGGGCUGGGACGCCACGUACCGCUUCCGAGGCGGCAACCUAGCCUGCAAAACAGUUAAGUUUGGACAGCUUUUGGGACCGUACUUGUCCUCGUACGUGCUCGUUGUGACGGCCGCGGACCGUUACCAGGCUAUCUGCUUCCCCCUCUCCAACUGUUCAUGGACGCCGACUAAGUCGAAGCUUCUCAUAUCCGCCGCGUGGGUGGCGUCCUUGUUGUGCUGCGUGCCGCAGGUCUUCAUCUUCAGCUACCAGGAGAUAUCUCCCAAAGUGUUCGACUGCUGGGGGACCUACGUCGAACCGUGGGGACUUCGCGCCUACGUCACGUGGUACGGGGUGUCCGUCUUCUUCGUGCCGUUGGUGGUCAUCAGCUUCACGUACGUUUGCAUUUGUCGUUCAAUAUGGCGGAACCUGUACCUCAAGAGAAAGAGCUCGGACGCUGAGUCCUGGAAGGGUAGUCGGGCGUAUCGAUUCAAGGGUACCGCACAGAACGGCACCAAGCAGGACUCCAGCUUCGUGGGACCUCGGAGUCAUUCGGUGAGAGGACUGUCCAGGGCCAAGAUCAAGACGGUCAAGAUCACGGUGGUGGUAAUCGCCCUGUACGUUGUCUGCUCGUCGCCCUUCAUCUGCGUCCAGAUGUGGAUGUACUGGAGUCCUGACGCGGACAUGGCUGACACGUGGACAAAUGCCACGGUGACCAUCCUGAUGCUGCUCAACAGCCUCAACAGCUGCGUGAAUCCCUGGAUCUACCUCCUCUUCAACCGCAGCCUGGUCAAUGCCCUAAGGUACCAGGUGUGCAGAUGCCCGGACAAGACCGGCAGCGCCGGUCCUUCCGGCGGGAUCGUGCCCGAGCUCACCACGCAGAACACGGAGGCCAACGUGCCCUUCAGCCGGCAGAGCUCCAGGGCCGAGCUCACUCUCCACAAGACGUCCGUGGCUUUUUCCAAGAGACCUGACAAGGCGUCAGAGCCUCCGCUUUCGAACAAACUGCCUCGAAGGGGCGUCCCGGAGACGAUCGCAAUGAGCUCCAACGAACAUGUGAUUGGGUGGAGCAAGAAACGAAUGUUUGGUGGCAGGAAAAAGUGUUCCUUCGAAGGCUUAAUUUCGUCCUGAUGAGCGGUGCGGUGAACGUAGACACGGGAAUGACUUGCAAUGGACGGACAAACCAGGAACUCGUGAGCUCUACCAACACCUCCCAGGUGGCAAGGCCGUAGUGCUGAGUUUCGAAAGUCACCUAUCGGAGUCGGGAUCUAAAUUGGACAAGGGAGCUGCCUAAGCGUUUGGCUGAAACUCACGUUCAGUCAGUGUCUAGAUAAAGAAUGGGCCCCGCCCGCGGGGGACCUGAAUGCUGGUACCUGCUCGAGCAGCGCAGCCGGGGAUUUUGAGUUGGGAUCCAAAUUGGACACGGGAGUCCGCUGUUCGCUGCGCACGCUCGGAACUAGCUCAUACUUA